GGUUUACUUUAUGACGUGUGCAAUGAUGCUCUCUGGUAGCGUCUUCGUCCUUUUAUAAAGGCCCGUGUCUGUAGCUGUUUGUUCUUCACUCCUUCGUAUCUCUUUUCCGUUUCUCACCCUCAGGUCUUCUCCAGGAAUUUGAUUGGUUUAUUAGGAAGGAGAAUCUUGGGGUAGACAAACAUGGCUUCCAGCAACGACGACACCAACAAUGUCAAUAACGAUAAUGAUAAUAAGGACAACGGCAAUAGAGAGCCAUUGCUGAAGAAGCAUUACUAUGAGAACUGUCCUGGUUGUAAGGUGGAUCGAGCCAAAGAAAUGACCCAAGGCGUACCUGUAAAGCAUCUUAUCAACAUUUGGUUGAUAACACUGUGCAGCUCGCUGCCUAUAUCAUCUCUCUUUCCGUUCCUUUAUUUUAUGAUUCGAGAUUUUGGUAUUGCAAAAACAGAAGCAGAUAUAAGUUACUAUGCUGGUUAUGUGGGAUCUGCAUUCAUGUUUGGCAGAGGAUUGACAUCUGUGCCAUGGGGAAUAGUGGCUGAUCGAUAUGGUCGAAAACCUGUUGCAAUUUUGGGAAUUAUUGCAGUCAUUGUGUUCAACACUCUAUUUGGCUUUAGCACCAGUUUUUGGAUGGCUGUCACCACAAGAUUUUUUCUUGGUGGCUUAAAUGGAUUGCUUGGACCUAUGAAGGCUUAUGCUGUUGAAAUUUUUCGAGAUGAAUACCAAGCUAUAGGACUCUCAACUAUCAGUGCAGCCUGGGGAAUUGGUUUAGUCAUUGGCCCAGCACUGGGAGGCUAUUUGGCUCAGCCAGUAGAGAAAUAUCCACAUAUAUUCUCGAAAGGUUCAUUUUUUGACAAGUUUCCAUACUCCUUGCCCAGCUUGAUAAUAUCAAUCUUUGCGGUUGUCGUAUUAGUUUCCUGCAUCUGGCUUCCGGAAACAUUGCACAAACACAACGAUAGCAAUGAGUCCCAUCAGGAUGUAGAAGCUUUAGAAAAUGAAGACACGGUAAAGAGAGUUCAGAAAGAUGAAAACCUCCUAUUGAAUUGGCCCUUGAUGUCAUCCAUUAUUGUUUAUUGUGUUUUCGCACUACAUGAUAUGGCUUAUCAAGAGGUUUUCUCGCUAUGGGCUGUCAGUCCUCUAAGGUUGGGGGGUUUGAACUUUACAACUAAUGAUGUUGGUAACGUUCUUUCAAUAUCAGGUUUUGCCCUUUUGAUGUACCAACUUUCCCUUUAUCCUACGGUGGAGAAAGCUUGUGGAACUGUUAGACUUGCUCACAUUUCGGGGGCUAUCUCCAUACCCCUCUUGCAAAGUUACCCUUUCAUAGCAUUGUUAUCAGGCUUCACACUGCAUCUAUUGAUCACUAGUGCUUCUGUCCUCAAAUAUUGUCUCUCUGCAACCAUUAUUACUGGAUUAUUUCUUCUGCAAAACAGAGCAGUGGAACAACACCAAAGGGGAGCAGCUAAUGGAAUUGCUAUGACUGCUAUGUCAAUAUUUAAAGCAGUUGGCCCUGCUGGAGGUGGUGCAAUAUUAACUUGGUCCCAGAAGAGGUUAAAUGCUUCUUUCCUCCCAGGAUCUCACUUGGUGUUCUUCGUCCUGAACCUAGUAGAAGCACUUGGAGUGUUGAUGAUGUUCAAACCAUUUCUGGCCGAGAAAAAGACAGCCCCAUUAGAACAGUUACAAUGAUAUCAGUGAUGACAUAAUGUUGCUGCUGAAACCUCAAGUGAUGAAUAAUGAAAGCAACAUCCAUUAAUUUUUGAGAUGCUUUCGUGAAGGAGGCGACGAUGACGACGAUAAUGAUGCUUCGGCUGAUAGCAGCCAGCAAGAUCAGUGAGUAGACGAACAUAACUUUGUCCAGCCUGCAGGCUUUCCUUCUUACCCUUCACAGACUUCUCUCUCAGAAGCCGGGAACAAGAAAACUAACUAAAAAGAGGGAGAGAAAAGUGGAAAGAGCAAGAAAAUUAGAUUCUUCAUGUGGAUUCUUGUGUUAGAAUGGAAUCAUUUAACUCAGAAAUGUUUGUGAUAAGUUCAUUGUAUUGUUGUCUAUUUAAUUGUAAUUUUUUUUCCCGUGGGCAAGGUAAUGGUUAUUUAAUAUUUAUUAUGGAAACAAGGUGGUCAUUGUAGUAUUUAUCGUCUUAAUAUUAUAUUGAAUGGAAUUUGAGUCUCA